AGCGGCCGCGGGUCGCGGUCGGCGCCGUGCCAUGAGCUUGCUGCACAGCGAGGGCAGCUGCGGGGGCCGGGAGGCGGAGAGCCGCUGCUGCGCGGCCAUGGCCAGCGCCUGCAGCGCCGCCGCCAAGGAGGAGAGCUGCGGCGGGGGCAGCGCCGCCGGCAGCGCGCCCGCCUCCUUCUCCGAGGAGACGCAGGGCUACGACGUGGAGUUCGACCCGCCCCUGGAAAGUAAAUAUGAGUGCCCCAUCUGUUUGAUGGCUCUGCGGGAAGCAGUGCAGACACCGUGUGGCCACCGUUUCUGCAAAGCAUGCAUUGUCAAAUCCAUAAGAGAUGCAGGUCACAAAUGUCCUGUAGACAAUGAAAUUCUGCUUGAAAAUCAACUUUUUCCUGACAACUUCGCCAAACGGGAAAUCCUUUCAUUAAUGGUCAAAUGUCCCAACAAGGGCUGCAGCAUGAAGAUGGAGCUCAGGCACUUAGAGGACCACCAGCUGCAGUGUGAUUUUUCCACUGUGGAAUGCCUACAGUGCCAAGGAACCUUCCCAAAGAACCGACUGAAGGAGCACAUGACCCAAGAGUGUCUGAGGCGUCAAGUGUGUUGCCCAAACUGUGCCACGUCCAUGGCCUAUGAAGAUAAAGAGCUUCAUGACCAAACCUGUCCACUUGCCAAUAUAUAUUGUGAAUAUUGCAACACAGUGCUCAUCAGGGAGCAGAUGCCUAACCAUUAUGAUAAUGAUUGUCCUACUGCCCCAGUGUCAUGUUUUUACAGUGCCUUUGGGUGUCCUGAAAAGAUGCAAAGGAAUGAACUGGCACGACAUAUGCAGGAGUUCACUCAGUUGCACAUGAGGUUGAUGGCUCAGAAGUUUCAGAAUAUCAGUGUUACUGCUGCAAAUCCUGUGCCCUUCAUCAAUGGCCUACCCUUUGAGCCUGCCCUGUUCUCACAUGUGUCACAUGCUGCAUACAACUGCAAUCCAGAAGUUGAAAACUUCAAGGAAACUAUUCAGCAGUUGGAAGGUCGUCUGGUGAGACAAGAUCACCAAAUCAGGGAACUCAUUGCUAAAAUGGAGACUCAGAACACACACGUGGCAGAACUCAAACGCACUAUACGAAAUUUGGAGGAAAAGAUUACUGAAAUGGAGGCACAACAAUGUAAUGGUAUUUAUAUCUGGAAGAUUGAGAAAUUCAGUGAACUGCAGAAAACCCAGGAAGAAGAAAGACCUGUAGUGAUACACAGUCCUGGCUUCUAUACAGGGAAGCCUGGCUACAAGCUGUGCUUGCGCCUGCAUAUCCAGUUACCGACUGCUCAGCGCUGUGCUAAUUUUAUCUCUCUGUUUGUGCACACUAUGCAAGGGGAAUAUGAUGGCCACCUGCCCUGGCCUUUCCAAGGCACCAUUCGACUUUCUAUUCUGGAUCAAUCAGAAGGCCCAGAAAGGCAGAACCGCGAAGAGGUGAUGGAAACCAAGCCAGAGCUACUGGCCUUCCAGAAACCGACAGUUCACCGCAAUCCGAAAGGUUUUGGUUAUGUGACUUUCAUGCACCUGGAGACCUUGAAGCAGAGAACCUUCAUCAAGGAUGACACGCUGCUGGUGCGCUGCGAGGUGCUCACGCGCCUGGACUUAAGCAGUGUCCGCAGGGAAGGCUUCCAGGCCCGCAGCACUGACGGAGCCAUGUAGCCUGCAAGGCUUAACCACAGCAAUAGAGCCUUGUUCGUGUUUAUCCACAUGGAUCACAAAAGAGCUUCAUUGUCCACAAAGGCUGGGUUUGUAAAAGAUCAUAGUUGCCAAUGGAACUUUGUUGUUGCUGGUAUAUUUUUCUCUAUAUGAGCUCAUAGUUUAAAUAUUUGGUAAGGUUCUCUCUUAAAAUAAUAAGCUACUUCUGUAGCAAGCUAAAUAAAUGAAGUGUUAAUCAAAACUUAACCGCCUACAGGAAAAUCCUAUUGCAGAACCUGUGCAUCUCAGCUUGGUAAAACUUUAGUCAUAUCGAAUAGACCUGUAAGUCUUUUCACCUCAGUGCCUUGGAAUAGAUGCUGUUGCAAGGAAGGAACGAAAUUAUUAAAGAGGAGGGGUUUUUUGUUUGUUUGGGGGGUUUUUUGUUUGUUUGUUUGUUUGUUUUUUGUUUUGUUUUGUUUCACAGAGCUUGGGAAAGUUGAGAGAGUUUCUAUAUUGACUUAUCUAGAAUUUUGAAUUGGCUGUGUGUCUCUUGAAGUUUGAAGUUAGGGUUAAGACUUUGUUCAUGUCACCAAGGGUUCAGGGAUGCUUUGAUCCUUUCCUCCUUCAGGAAGUUGCAUGUUGGUGCAGAGUUGAUGUUGGUAUUUCCAAAAGAUACAAGGUAGUGUUGUGGAGAAGGCUAAAUUACUCUGAGCUGAGUUCACUGAAGAAAUAUUUGUAAUGUGGUCUGAAGAUGCCUCCCUAAUUCUCUUUAUUUUGAUAAAUCUUUCUAGAAGUGUGUGCUCUAGACCCAGAAUGUCAACCGCAAUCAUCAAGAGAUAUGAAAGUUUAGCAUUUGAAUGAAAUCCCUUUGUGCUGGUGGGAUCUCCUAGUGCUGGACAUGUUUCAGGUUGUGAGUGCACACAUGAGGAGCAAAGGGAUGUAGUGAACAGAGAGGGUGAUGCAGAAUUUGUUUUACUGUUGUUGAAACCUGAAUUUGUACCAAAGCUGAACUUGUGACCUGCAUCUGGUCAAGUGAUCUCUUGGUGUUGUGGGUGAUGUACCCAAGUCAUCCCCUGUGAAUUCUCCAUGGGCAGCUGGCCAUAUCAGCAUCCAACUGCUGUGGGUAUUGCCUGUCCCUUUAGACAAUAGGAGCUGGGCCAACUCAGAAAUAUGGAUGGUAAGGAAAGCCUGUUAAUUCAGCAGUGUGAUGAAAAAUCGUAAUCCUGUUUGCUUUUAGAAAGAAAAUCUGGCUUUCUAGUUACUCAUUUAUCAAACACUAGAUUCACUGUCAAAGAGGUUCCUAAUGCUGUGUGUAUUAUUGUUUUCUCUACGGAUUAUAUGCCAUGUAAUUGUUAGCUUUGACCAGUCAAAGCUGAAUAGUUACAGUACACUGGUGCUAAAAAUUUUAACUUUCAUGGUGCUGAUAAAGUUCUGAAUCUUGUCUUUAAAAGGAGGGAAGAAAAAAGUUUUGUUCAUCCCAUAACCUAAGUACAUGUCCAGAUACUGAAGAAAGAACCAAAGAUGCAUGAGCUUAUGUGUAUUAUUUAUCCAAGCUAGUGGAACAACCUAAAGACUGGAGACACUGCAGCUUAAGAGAUAGUGAAUAGUGUUCCAACUAUUUGGCAUCAUCAAAGCAAUACCAGUGGGAAAAGGGUGCAUUGCUUAAUAUAAAAGACUAAAGAAACACUACUAUACUUUAGUGGUUUGGGAGGAUACUCUGCCUGCCUGCAUGAGAGGUAAAAGUUCCAGGACCCAGGCUACCACUUUGUUCAUCAAAUCCAGAUGAGUAAAAUUUCUUCUGCUAGUAGAACCUAUUAGAUGGAAGAGGGAUUGUGUUCAGUGGAGUAUUGUCACUACUGAAACAUGAACUUCCUGGCUAAUGGUAAUUGCAGUUAGUUGUUGAUGACUUUAGUUGAUUCUCUGUCAUUAGGGGACAGGUAAGCAUAUGUUACUCAAAAUAGGGAAAGAUCUCAGGUUUAAAACCAAAGCAGAUUUUAUAAUGAAUAGCCUCGUCCUAUCAGCUGAGUUGUUCUGGAGUGUCUUCAGCUGGAGCAUUCCCAGUAAAGCUAUUUUUAGCCAAGAGCUGUCAAUGUCCAUGGCAGUGCACAGAGCCACUCUGCACAGAAGGCACUGUACACAGGUUCUCCAUUUACAGGCUGUGCUACCUAUCUGUGUUUUUUCAAGAUGCUCUAAAACUGCCAUUCUCUUUUGUUUCUCUACUUGUUUUUGGGAGGGCAGGAGGGAAGGGAGGGGGAGGCUCUCGUAAUUUGAGAGCUUCUUCCUACUCCAGGUCCUUCCUCAACCCUAGAAAUAAGAAAAAUGUCCUUAUUCUCUGUUCAAAUCAUAUAUACCCAAGACCCACUAAAUGCAUUAACACUUUCUUUGCUUUUGAAGAUUUGAGUUUUGAAUGGAAUUUUUGCUUCAAGCCUUAUCUGCUAGAUCUGAUGUACUUCUGCCUCUGAGGAGGAAACUCCCUGUGGUGGCAGGAUUUAAAUGAUUCAGGUUAAAGUUGUACCAUAGCACAAGCCAAUAGGGAAUAGAAGGCUACUGCAUGUAUAAUUCUGUACUGGCCACAGUAAUAUGGAUUCUUUAUUGACUGCUGCUAUUCUAUUGGUUUUGUAUUUUUAUACUACCAACUAGAACUCUGAGUGAUGACAAAUUACUGUAAUAUCAGAGUAUUUCACGAGAGACUGUCAGAGAUAAUUUUCUAAGUAGCAGUUAAAUCUUACUGUCAUAAAAAGAUUAUAAAUGUUUAUUAAAUAUUUAUUCAUAUACUUAUUCUAUUCUCCUCUUUCCCCUUUCUUCAAAUCUUCUUUUGAGAAUUUGUUUUACCAUGGUGUGGACUAAGGUAUAAUUGCUGGAACUAUUUAAAUGGAAGGAGAAAGGUCUGCAGCAUUGAGUUGUAUCUCAAUCAAAGAAAUAUUUGAUUAACCCAUGUCCUGUGUAACUUGUUCAGCAGUGGGGUUUUGUUCUGUAAAUCAAUGCUUUGCAGCAUUCCUAGAUCUCAAGGUGGUUUAAAAAGUGGCUUAACUUCUUUUAUCUUCCAAAUUUCUGUUGUCUUUAACAUGGUUUAAGUCACUGACUCUUAGUACGUGUAUUUGCAAAGCUGCUAUGGCACAAAUUUUCCAAUUACAAUAUAUUAUGAACGUGUUAUCUCUUUGCCUCUGAAUGUCUUCCCCUGCAGGGCAGGGAAAAUUAUUUUGCUAGAAAUGUUGGUAUGUAAUGUAUAUGUGGGAGCUCAGAUAAUGUGAGAUGUAUAGAGUUGUUUUUUAAGCAGUCUUAUGAUGUGUCGGUCAUGUUUGCUAUCAAGGGAUUAAACUUGUUAAUGAAAUGAAAUCAGGGUGACCUUUCUAUUGUUAUUUAGAGAUGGCAGCAGACCAGAUACAUUGAUGAUGGAUACAAAAGAUUAUUCUGUAUCAAUGUUAAAGGUUUGUAUUGGUUUGCAUUUGAACAAAAUGAAACUACUCCUGUUCCCUUGGAUGAAUUGAUUUAUAGUUUAAUAUAUUUUGUAAAUAAUGCACAUCUUUAUUUCUGACAGAACUUUAAAAAAUAAACUAAUUAAACUGUG